AUGAUUUUCAAAAAAAUAUGGGUGCGCGGGGCUACCCAAUCACUUCAUUCAGUGGGAAUUUUUUUGAAGAUUUUCAUAUAUUCUUUCAUUUUUCAGUACAWUUUUGUGCGGUUUUUGUUCAUAAACAUGGAUAAAAUAGAUGUCAGUAGUAUUCGGGUUCCUGCAGGAGGUAUGAAAGUGUACAAGGAUCAGUGUAUGUACUGUUUCGACUCACCGGAAUCUGAUGGUGGACUGUAUAUAUGUAUGUCAACGUUUCUUGGUAUUUGUCCAAAACAUAUCAAGUGGCAUACWAACAAAACGAGGAAAAAUGCCUUCUUGCACAUGAAGAAAAUCAAAAAACCGACUGCACAAGAGAGUACCACUGACACUCCUCCAAAGAAAAAACCUACUAGACUUGCAAUAGGAUUAGAGGGAGGCUUUGACAACACAGAGAAAAAGGUUGAGUUUGAUGAAGUGAAUAAUGUAGUUGUUUUUGGAGAGGAUGGUGAACCAGUGAUUUUAUCACUACCAAACCCAGACCUACCAUUACAGGUCCAACUGUCAAUUGCUGCCAUCCUUGCUGCCCAGUCCUCAGCAUAUCAUCAGGAAGUGCAGGCCUGGGAUGGAGAGAAGAGAAAAGUUUCAAAACAUGCGGACACAUUGGUUCAACUUGACAAUGGAGUGAAAAUACCACCAAAGGGAUGGAAAUGUGCUUUGUGUGAUAAGACAGACAACUUGUGGCUCAACCUCACUGAUGGAUCAAUACUCUGUGGAAGAAAAUACUUUGAUGGCAGUGGUGGYAACAAUCAUGCAUUAGAAGCUUAYCGGCAAACUAAAUAUCCCCUGGCUGUAAAACUAGGUACCAUUACUCCUGAUGGGGCUGAUGUGUUUUCAUAUGACGAAGAUGAUAUGGUUGAAGAUCCACAUUUAGCACGACAUUUAGCUCAUUUUGGUAUAAAUAUCACACAAAUGGAAAAGACUGACAAGACAAUGGCAGAGCUAGAGAUCGACAUCAACAUGAGAAUACGAGAAUGGGAUGUUAUUCAGUAUACCGAAACUGGGUGCUAUAUGAACUCAGUAAUUCAAGUCCUUCUUUCUCUGCCUGAGUUUCAACAAAGAUAUGGCGAUCUUAGUGAAGGCAUACUCUCCUCUGCUCCUGCAGAUCCAACAAGUGACUUCAAUUCUCAAAUGGCGAAACUUGCUGAUGGAAUGUUGUCAGGGCGAUACUCAAAUCCACCUCAACAAGACGAGAAACCACCUGAAGAACAAGAUAGUCAGAAUAUACAAGAGGGGAUCUCACCCCAUAUGUUCAAAGCUCUAAUAGGACGAGGUCAUGUAGAAUUCUCAACAAAUCGACAACAAGAUGCUCAAGAAUUCUACGCACAUUUAUUAGAGUGUAUAGACAGAGCUGAGAGAGCGAACAAAGGACCAUUAAAUCCAGUUGACUCGUUUAGAUAUAAGGUGGAGGAAAGAAUAGAAUGUAGCCAGUCUAGAAAGGUUCGCUACACACAAAGAGAGGACAAUAUCUUGUCAUUAGGAGUACCAUUAGAAGCUAUUCUUAAUAAAGRCGAGUUUGAUGCUUACGAGGUUAAAAGGAAACAAGCUGAGGAAAAGAAGGAACGUUUAGAUCCUAGCGAGAUGGUCCGACCAAGAAUAUCGCUGUCAGCAUGYCUUGAAGCCUUUGCUUCACCAGAAACCGUACAAGACUUUUACAGUCCAGCAAUUAAUGCCAAGACCACUGCACUUAAGACUACUCGAUUUGUGACAUUCCCCGAUUACCUCGUCAUACAAAUAAAGAAAUUUACUCUUGGAGAAGACUGGGUACCAAAAAAAUUGGAUGUAGCGUUAGAUAUCAUGGACCAGCUAGAUUUAUCACAUUUACGAGGAAGUGGUCUACGUCCUGGUGAAGAAGAACUUCCACAGGGUGAUAGUCCAGCACCACCAGAUUUCAGUGAACCUCUGCGUCUUGCACAACCWAAUCAGUCAUCUACGUCAUCGUCUGUCAGUGAAGAGUCAGUUGCUAUGCUKAUGUCCAUGGGAUUCAACAAAGACCAAGCGACCAAAGCAUUGAAAGCAACCGACAAUAACCUCGAGAGGGCAGCGGACUGGAUAUUUAGUCAUGCGCAUGAACUUGAUCAGAUGGAUGUCGACGAGGAGACUGGGCCUCAACUUAAAGAUGGA